AUGCAAUUAGUUAAAUUAAAUCCUGAUUUGGUUUCUAAAAUAAGGAGUUCAGUUACCGUUAAUUCAAUUCCUCAAUGUGUCAGUGAGUUGAUUUUAAACAGUCUAGAUGCAAAAUCAAAGUCCAUCGCCAUCCGAGUAAACCCAGUAACUCUCCGAAUCCAAGUCGUGGACAAUGGAGAAGGAAUCACUGAAUCAAACAUGAGAAUUGUGGGUGCACGCUACACUACCAACAAAGUGUACGACUACAAAGAUCUAUCAAGGAAAGCGAAGCUCUACGGCUUCAGAGGCGAAGCUCUGGCCUCGAUUUGCGCCGUCACCAAACUGGUGAACGUCACGUCCAGAUGCAGGGACAGCGACGCGACCUACACAAAAUCCGUCUUCGACAACAGGUCCUCUGAUGUGAUCGUCAGCAACUGCAGGCCGAGCUACGGCACCACCAUUACCAUAGAACACUUUUUGCACAACGUUCCUGUUAGGAAGCGACUGAUUAACUCCGACUCUGUUAUGGAGGAAAUUAAAAUUUCAAUUGAGAAGUUGCAAAUGUUAAAUCCUCAAGUCUCUUUCACAUUGAGGAAUGAAGCAACCGGUGACUUAAUUUUAAAUUUACAGAAGAAAAAGGAUGUUGUUGAUGUAUUCUCGUACUUACACCCUAAACUGUCCAAAGAAGUCAAGUUGCUUAAAAUUUCAAAGGACAAGUUGAUCGUGGAAGGUUUCAUACAUAAAGAAACAUACAAGAACAAAAAGUUACAGUAUAUUUAUGUGAAUAAAAGACCUGUUGUCAAUGAACAACUGCAGAAUUAUCUUUGUAGCUUGCUUAAAACAUCAAGCAAGACCAAAACGUGGCCCAUUUUUCUAAUUAACAUUCAGUGUCCAUAUAAUGAGGUCUACUUAAGUCCCUCCAGUUUAGAAGUUAAUUUUACGACUUGGAGUGCUGUUAAACAAUGUUUGGACAAGUUUAUUAAUUGUUCAAAGUCUCCUGAUAAUCUAAUCAAAGAUACUAAAGUAGAAUUAGUAAAAAAGUCAUACAAGGGCCAAUGUAAUGCUUGGACUAUAAACGGAGCAGUUUGUGGAAAAGCCUUUAAAAGAAAGUUGUACACAGACAAUAUUGAGGUAGAAAUUAAUGAUGAACUUGAGAAAAGGUGUAAAACUGAUGAAAAUACAGAUAAAAUGAAAGUAAUCACUAAAGGAAACGAUUCGUUAGAAGAUUUACAUGUUGAAGAAUAUAAAGACACAGAGGACAAACACAAAAUAAUAAAGCCAAAUAAAACCUUGUUCAAAAAUUGUCUUCCUAUUGUCGUCAACCCUAAAAACCAAAACGAAAAUAAUUUGUCGACAUAUUCAAAGUUUACAAACAAUGAAGUCAAAGGCAAAAAUUUGAUUAUGGAUAUGUUUCUGAAGUCGACCCAGGUGUACUCAAAUAGUACUCAAAAUUACUCGAUAGUUUGCAAUCCUGAUUGUGUUGAAACAAAUUUAGAACCGAAGGAUGUUGUUGAAUAUAAUGAAAAAGGAAUUCAAACUUCGUUCAAGAUGCCAAAACAAAAUUACAAAAGCAUGGAAAUAACAAUGAACAAGACUGUUAACAUUGAGAAUUAUACAUUUGUUGUGCCCAAAUCUGUCUGUGACUUGAAGGAUGCUGGCCUGUUCUCUACAAACAAUGAGAGCAAAUGUGUUUGUAAGAAGUCUGAGUUUAUGUUUAAUUUCACAACUAAAAGACACGUCCCAAGAAUGCCAAUAAAAUAUAGCAAAAACAAUGUUACUUUAACCAACAUCAAUUUAAGCCCCAUACCAAAGGAAGGAGGACCAAGUCUGUUUAACGAAUGGAACAAUUUUUUGAAGGACCAGUAUUCAAUUCGAAAAACCGACGAAAGGUGUGGUGUUAAUUACCCAGAAAGUCCUUAUUUCGUCACCAACACCAGAAGACUACAGUAUAAUGAAAAUAAAAACUACUCCUUUUAUACUUUCAACAAUGUAAUGACAACUGCGAGGUGUACAAAGAAUGAAGAACCAAAAGCUGAAACACAAAACAAAGAUCAUUAUCAAAUGGGGAACAAAUUUCAGCCCUUAUUAUUCAGUACGCAAAAAACUGAUUCCUUGCGAUUUCCAUUUAUUCAAAACCAUUUUGAUGGUACUGCUCCUGUUUUAUGUACCACACGAACUGUUGUGAAUACUUUUGAUUUUCCUGAGUGUGCUAAUCAAGCCACCAAUUUUAGUCACAGAGAAAAGGAAUCCGAAGUAAUCAACUUAAGGAAGACGUUGGAUCCUUAUGAUUUUCAUGAUAAAAACAAAUUUACCUUUUUAAACGAUUCAAUAAACGUUUUAACCAGAGAACAGUUAAUAGAACAAAAAAUAGAAGAUAAAGAGAAAAACCAUGUUGACUUCAUAUUUAACAAAAGAAAUGAUCUAGUUUAUCAAAAUUCAGAAAAGCCUUCGAAGGACAAUGACAGUAAAUUUCCUGUGAGUAAACCAUUUUUUUCCAUGAAGCAAAGACCUAACUUCCUCCCGAAAGGUCUUUCACCCGUUUUACUAACAAAGAACAUAGAAGUAGAAACAUCGAUGACUCAACAUUCGAAAAUGUUCUUCCACAACGCCUUGUUCCAAAAUGUCGACGAUUUGAAGCUGCUCAAAUGGGAGAAUUAUUUGCAAUAUCAAGAUCCUAAAAUAUUUUUCCAAAAAUUGUACGAAGAAAAGGCCAAGUUAUUCGAAGACGAUAUACCAACUGCAGAUGCCAUUCCCAAGAGUUUAAGGUCUGCAAAUGGCAAAACCUUCCAAAAAGACGUAUUUAAGUUUCUACAGGUAAUCGGGCAGAUAGACAAGAAGUUCAUUGCAGCUAUAGACACAAGAGAUAAAUUAUUGAUAAUAUUUGAUCAGCAUGCUGCCCAUGAACGACUACGUUUGGAAUAUUUGGAAGAGAACUACAGAGGUGUUAAAGUAGAAUGUGCUACAACCACCAUUUUUAUUAGACAAUGUGAAAUUAAGCUUUUACGAGAUAAUCAACCAUUUCUGGACUCAGUUGGGUUGUCCAUGGAGUUUCUAACAAACUGUGUGAUUAUAAAAAUGAUUCCCUUGUGUGUUUAUAAUAAUUCAAAAAACGAACAUGACCUGAGCAUCCUAAAUAAAACUGUAGAAAUAUUAAUACAAGAAUUAAUAGAAAUUUUACAAGAAAGAAGGAAUGUGACAACUGUGACACCCAAUAUAAUUAAAAAAAUAAUCAGCAUGGAGGCUUGUAGAGGUGCAGUGAAAUUUGGGGACAAGUUGGACGCCGAAUUUUGUAAGAACUUGAUUGUUGACUUGGGAAACUGCAAAUUACCUUUUCAAUGUGCCCAUGGAAGACCCACUUUGACUCCUUUAAUUUACAUAGAUACCUGCAAUGAUUUAAUUAAUUAAUUAAUUUUGUACAUUUUACUGGGAAACAUAUAAUUUUUCCCAGCACUAUACAACAUUGAAUAAUUAAAAUAUGUUCGUAAUAUGUAAAUG